AUGCUGUACGAGCUAAUUGGAAUCGUCCGACCCGGCAACCUCGCCGAGGUAAAAGAAAUCGUCCUAACAGCCGGCCAACUGAUCCUGCAGCAAAAAGGCGUAAUCCGCGGAAUAUCCAACUGGGGGGUCUUUUUACUCCCCAAGGCCACCAGCGUGCACCAGAUGCGGCACCACUCGGGCCACUACUUCGCCAUGCGCUUCGACGCCAGCGUCGGCACCCAGCAGGCCGUGCGCAACAUGUUGGCCCUCGACCCCCGCAUGAUCCGCCACGCCUCCGUAAAGCUCGGCGACGGGAAACUAACUACCAUGAGCCGGUUCGGCGGGCCCGAGUGGUCGGCCUAG